AUGACUGACACAGAAUCCAAGGCGCUCAAGCAGCAUAUUGAGGAGGAAUUAGCAACAGGCAAGAUCCACCCUAGUACCUCCUUGGCAGGCGCUCCAGUUAUGUUUGUAAAAAAGGCAGAUGGUUCCCUCUGGUUGGUGGUUGACUACAGAAAGCUCAAUGAGGUCACCCACAAGAAUGUGUACCCACUCCCAAGGCAGGAUGAUUUAAUGACUAAACUCAGACACACCAAGUUGUUCACCAAACUGGACCUGCAUUGGGGAUACAACAAUGUACAGAUCAAAGAAGAUGAUGAAUGGAAAACAGCUUUCAGAACCAAGUAUGGGCUAUUUGAAUACCUAGUAAUGCCCUUUGGACUUACUAAUGCACUGGCUGCUUUCCAACAUUUCAUGAACAACUUGUUCUGGGAUCUCAUUGACAUAACAGUUGUAAUCUACCUGGACAACAUCCUCAUCUUCUCAGAAAAGCCAGAAGAACACCCUAGCCAUGUAAGGGAAGUCUUAUCAUGGCUGAUGAAGAACCAGUUAUUCUGCAAACUGUCAAAAUGCCAUUUUCAUGUUACAACAGUUGACUACCUUGGCAUUGUUAUCUCCCCUGCUGGAUUUUCUAUGGACCAAAAGAAGAUUGAAGCCAUCACCUCAUGGCCACAACCCAAGACAAUUAAGCAGGUCCAAGCGUUCUUGGGAUUUGUCAACUACCUCUGCUGCUUCAUUCCCAACUUCAGCUCUGUUGCAUGCCUGCUCCAUAACCUCACCAAAAAGGAAACUGCAUGGCCAUGGGGGGACUCAGAAGAGGAAGCAUUCCAGGAGUUAAAAUCUCUUGUCACCAGGGCGCCAGUCCUAAUUCAUUCCAACCCUGAACUGCCUUACUACCUAGAAACAGACGCAUCAGGAGUGGCAAUGGGAGCCAUACUUAGCCAGAGGGGCCUGGAUAAUUGA